AUGCGUCAGGGAUCGGGAUCCCCAGUGCUUCGUCAGGCGGCUAUUCGAGCGAGCUGUCUUGCCUACCAGAUUUGGCUGGCCAGGAACGCUCGCCUGUUUGGUGAACGACGCAUGUCACUGCGAUUCGUGGUCGAGAGUGCUUGCGCUCGGGCGGCUGAGCUGUGUCAUACUAGUCCUGUUGGAGGGACCUUGACAGCUCGGGACAUCUGGGGUUCCCACCCUGCCUCGGCAGUAUUCUGUAUGGUGUUUUUCACCUGGGAACCCCCAUCCCCGAGUUUCCUUAAGGUCAACUUUGAUGGGUCUGUUCUGGAUGGUGGUUUGAGGGGAGGCGCGGGUUUUGUUAUUCGGAAUCCGUCUGCUAGGGUCGUGGCUGCUGGUGGCAGUCAGUUAUUUGAUACUUCGGUUCCAUGUGCGGAGCUGAGUGCAGCCUGGGCGGGCGUUCGCUAUGCCCGAUGCGUUCUACGGGCUAGGUCUAUCAUCCUGGAGGGCGACUCAGCCACCGUUAUUAGUUGGAUCCAGGGGGGUCCGAGGGGUGGCGGGUGUGACCAUCCCCUGCUCCGGGACAUCUGGGCCAUGGCGAGGGAUGGAUGGGCCUUUCAGGCCACGCAUAUUUACCGUGAAGGUAACGGUGCUGCGGAUUGGGUAGCUGCGUUUGUAGCUUGUCACUCCGGAGACACCUUAUGGCUUGGUGAUGGGGAGUUGCCCUUGGCACUCCGAGUACAUAUGACCCACUUUGAGCAGCAUCAGAUGGAAGAGUCUUUCCCUAAGGAAGGAAAAAAGAAAAGAAAAGAAAAGAAAAGGGAAAAAAUAGUUCAUGAAAGAUGCAAAACUUCCAAGAGACAUGGUUUCAUAAGCAAAAUAGAUUCUUAACAAGCAAUGCUACAUGAAACCUUCAAUACUUCAAUUAUUAUUACUAAUUUUGAAAAAUAGCACCAUGCAUCAUUUCCGUUCUACAUUCUAACUAAUUUAUGAACAGUGGAUUAUGCAGACCGAGUCAUUGCUUUUCCCUUCAAAAAUUUUCACUUAACUUUGCAUUGCAUCAGCAUCCCCACUGUGAUGUCCGGCAUCUGGAACUUUUAAUGUGGGCAAUUGGGUAACAAAAACUAUAGAUAGAAAUUUUAAUGUGGGCCAUCUUUGCCUUCAAGAAUACUCCUUACCUUCCAUUGCUGUGAAGUCGUCGCAGAUUCUAUAUCAGCAAGAAAAUCCUAUCCAAAAGGUUUGUGUAGUCAUAAUUAUCUUAUCCAGAUAUCAUUUCCCAUCGAGCAAUACUAGACUAGAUACAAUGCUCCCAAACAACUAGCAAGAAUCAAAGUUAGCUCCUCAGAACUUCCGCCUAUAUGGAAGGCCACCACCCAGGCACAUGACCAUCUAGUUUUACUGCUAAAAUUGAUUAAUUAGGCACAAAUCCUGAUUUUUCAUUAUUCCCUUUGAGUGUUGGUUUUAGUUAUAAAAAAAAAAUCCAUCUUUCCUCAAUUUAAUAGACUAAGUCGUUGGGUGUAGACUGUAGACCAAUUUCUACAAGUAAAGACAGGAGUCAUCCUACCAUCUCCGUCUGUAUUCAAAAGUAACAGUUUAAAGAAUUCCAGCCAUAUGCUGAGAGGUUAGCUAUUUUGCCCACCAUUCUACUCUUCUACUUAUAAAAAAUGGAGAUCCAUAUGCAUGUCCCUUCAGAGUUCAGACCAAUGGAGAGCUCCAUUUGGACGCGUGUAGUUUAAGUUUUUUUGUUUUUGGCUCAUAACGUUAUUUUAAGUCAAGACUCCCCUGUAGUUGCGUAGUAUGUGGGCACCUUUUUGAUGUACUAGUAUGUGAACACUUAUUUUGAUGGAAAAAAAACAUUAGAAAUUUAUACCUAGGCCUUGGCUGAUAUCAACCCCUGUACCAAUGUUUAAUAGGUCAAUGGUUAAGUCAAGCCUCCUGCUUUUCAUCAUUUUCCAGUCUUGGAGCCCCAAGAUACUUCUCUCACAUAACAAAUCAGAUUACUUAAAAUUCAAAGAUAGGCAUUACACAGCCCCAAACUUGAUCCAAGUGCCUGAACUGACCUAAUGCAACAUGUUUUAUUGGUCCUUGGAAAUUACCAAGUCCAUAAAUAACCUACUUGUAACUCAUGCUUCAAUGGCCUAUCAAGUAAGUCCACACUUAUCAAUUAUACUAUUAUGAAGCAGUCCUAGAUUUAGAACCUUUCAAGCAGCAUUCAUACAACCCAAGCAUGUAUCUUGGCACUCUCUCUCUCUGAAACCAUGCCUUCUAGAACAUUAAAGUGUUGCCUUAUCUAAUGUUAAGAUUCAUAUAAAGAAUGCCAUAGUGAGGAAAAAUCUUCAAAGAUAAGUAUGUCAUUUUUUUUCGAGAUAACAUCAGUAUAUAAAUCUUUCAUUUAUAUUCUAGAUUCAGAGCCUUGGUUAUAAAACAAACAUUAAGCGAGCAUUUGAGAGGGAGUUGCGUAAGAUACUGGGCUAGUUUAGACUAUCAUCAUUAAUUUAAGUAGAAAAAGUACUGAUCGGUCGCAACUCUAAUAAACUUUUCAACGAAAUGUAAUAUUCUGUCCCCAAAUUUGUCCAAAAGAGGGUCACCAUCAUAACGACCUUCACAUGCAUUUCUUUUUCCCCUCCAUUUGGCACCCUUAGCAUAGUUUUAAUUCUCCUAGCCUCUAUUUCUUUUCCCCCCUCCAUUUGGCACCUUCAGCAUAGUCUACUCUUUCUAGCCUAUCUUAUAGAUAAUGAAAGCAACCCACCAUACAUGAUGAUAUCCAUCCAUUAGACCAAGACGAUCAAUUUCAUGCAACAAUGGGAGGAAGAGAAGGUCCCACUCCCAUGGCAACUCACCCAAAAAAUCCUCCAAGUUCCAAUUUUCAAAGGACCUAUUUUUCUUUUACCUCUACUUUUGUAUCGGACUAAGGAACUCAAAUAAUACCUUCUGACUAGCCACUUUAGAUGUAAGUCGGGACCCGUCAUAAACUCAUAAUUAUCUCCCCAAAUCAGAGGUCGUUGGAUUAAAAGAGAUCAAUUUCCUUUCUCAUAGUUAUCCACCGGCUCACUCUUUUUGUCCCUUAGCGAGUUCAGUUGUGCCCACGGUGACCACUUCUCCAUCAUAUCGUAUGAUUCUAGAAGCUUUUGCCGGUUCCUCCAAAGCCCUCUCUAAUGCCCCCCAACACCAUCCCAUGUUCCAAGGCAUUAAUUUACGCAAAUCAAUGAAAUAUUUUUUUUCUCAUAUUAGUCCGAUUCCUCUACGAGCCUAAUCCUUUUGAAAUUGUCGCCACUCCCCCCACCUCACUCUCUACAAAGUCCCCUCUCUCCCCUUCCACUUCUUCCCUACUUAAACCCCAAGUCCCCAACCCCAUCCUUCCCAUUCCUAAGCUUUCCCCACCACACACUCAUAGAAAGAUUUUAUCAAGAGCUAGUGGAUUAAGAGACAUACAGAUUUAGAUAGAGUAAACCCCACAAAAUCUAUAAA